AUGGCAAAGAAACGCCGAAAUCAUCCGACUACCCGUCAGCAUGAACUCCCACCGCAAAACGCGUCUCCCGUGACGCGUUUACCUCCGGAAAUCCUUUCUCAGAUUUUCCUGUAUCACGCACGACCACCUCCUCAUAUUAGAAGCACACAAGAGUACUACAGCAGUACUCACGAUCUCGACUGGUUCUGUGGCCACGGCACUACUUCCAAUAGUAACAAGCAAGACCUUACCUGGCUCCGCAUCCUCCGAGUAUGUCGGCAGUGGCGCCACGUCGCGCUGUCCUGCCCAUUGCUUUGGACGAAUAUCGAUACAAAAAUCAGAAGCCUCAGAGUCUUCAUGCUCGAGCACUCUCGGAACGCGCUAAUAUGUCUUAGGAAGCUCCGUAUCGGGAAAGACAUGAAGUCCGAAAGGAAUUCGAACAAGAAACUCGUAUUUGAUAACCUCCUUCGUUUACGCCAACUAGGGCUCGUUUUUCAUCAGUGUAGCGCGGAGGAAAUGGAACGUACACUCAUCCGACUGUUUUCCUCCGAAGAUGCACCUCGCCUGGAAGCUCUUGAGUUGGAGAGCGAAUCAGUUGAGUCGGUCGACAUCGAGGUGCCUAAUCCUCAACCGUCGUUAUCCUCUCUUACAUUGGUCAGGCUAUUGGUGUCUUUCCCCCGACAUUCUAUCCUGGAUGGCGUCACACAACUUUCCCUCGAGUUCGAUUGGCUUUUCGAGACGGCCGCUGGUGUUGAGUGGUUCUACAACACUCUAAAACACAUGCCCAACCUGCUCCGCCUUCACAUCGUCGACCAGUCACACCGUUUCAACCGUUUCAACCCAACCCAUACCACACAGGCCAUCUCUCUCCCACUCUUACAGUGCCUCAGUUUCUUUGGGAUUUCGCCCGCCUUCGUCUAUAUUUCUCGCUGUCUGUCACUACCACCAACGACGUACUACCAACUCACAUUCACUGAACUACGCGCUUCACGCGACGAAGAAGAGGAAGCGACGGCGGCUCUCGACGCCGUCGUUUCAUCUAUACUAGAGGCCCGAGUCCAGUACGACACAAAUGCGUUGAACUAUCAGGUCAAGUUCUCGUUGACCACCAAGUUCGACGAUGCUGUUUCCGACUCCUUCGACCCCGAAGUUCGAUCGAUCCGCACAAUAGUCCUCGCCACCCCUCCCGAACUUCCUCGCACUUCCCUCGAAUCCUCCAACAGCGCAAGAAUACCAGCAGUCCGACGAGGAGCAGCCUUUGACACGAAGGCUAGCGCUGUACCCGUGCUUACCAUCGAGCAGCAAUCCGAUUCUUGGGAGUGGCAGGAUGGAUGCUUUUAUUUCCCAGGCGAACUUUCGAAAAUCACAGACGCGCUGCUUGCUGAGUCUGUCGAGGAGAUCCAUAUACGCAGUAAUAUGCCUUUGAAGGAUCCCUAUGAUGACGUCGACGACGACGACUCUCAGACCGAGACCGACGCGGACGAGUCGGAGCCUGUGAAGCCCGCGAACUUGGACGCGAAGUUACGGUCGAGAUUGACGGGCUUUCUGCGGUGUGAGAACGUGAAAACGUUACGACUCGAGGGCACGCAUCCGAUAGACUGGAUGUGCGACUACCUCAAGCUCACUCGUACGAAAGACCCUAACGCCAACGAAGAUUCAGCGCCCUCUCCUCACCCUCAGACUUUCGCUGUCUUUCCGAAACUCGAAACACUGGCACUGGUCAACGUCGACUGGACCAAAGACACGGACGUAGAGGAGACAUACGACGCGUCGACGGUCAUACCGUCGAUCAUGCGCUCGGUGGCGGACAUGUUGAAGAAGAGGGCGCGGCUGCGGACCGAGGGCGAUGGGCGGGAUAUGAGUCGGUCUCGAAUUAAGCGAUUGGAGGUGGUUGGAGGGGUUCCGGAGGGGUGGGUGAGGAAAAUUGAGGAGGGGAAGUUGAUUGGAGGGGACGGGUGUGUGGAGUGGGAUGGGGAGGCGCGUUGUGCGUGGGAGGAGGGAUGGGAUGAGGAAGAGGUUGGGGAUCAAGAUGAGGAUGAGGAUGGAAAUGGGGAAGAUGAGGAUCAAGAUGAGGGUGAGGACUAG